AUGGGCUCCCGCUUAGAUGCAACCUCGAGCGCAGUGCGCAAACGGAUCCAAAGCCACGCAUUUGAUGGCGAAGGGGGCGAGGAAUAUGAAGCCUCGAAGUUUGGUGGCUUCGGCGAUUAUAUGCGCCGCAAGAAAACCAAGCUUCAAAACCUCGACAAUGAUAUCCGGUCCUCGGCCGCGGAAGAUAACUGUCCUCAGAUCUUUCGAACGGUAGUAGCAUGUGUAAACGGCUAUACGCAACCUUCACUGCAGGAUCUUCACAAACUUAUCGUGCGCCAUGGAGGGGGCUUUCUUCAGUACCUCGACGGCAAGACCUCCGCGACGCAUAUCAUUGCCAGCUCGCUCACUCCUAAGAAGAUGGAGGAAUUUCGGCAAUACCGCGUUGUCAAGCCAGCAUGGGUCGUGGAUAGUGUCGAUGCCGGAAGGCUACUUCCUUGGGAUUUAUACAGGGUUGUAGAUGAGGGGCAGGCACAGAAAGUCCUCAACUUCGACAGCGGUCGGAUGCUUAGCCAAACGAACAGCCCGCGCGCCAGCUAUAAAGACCAAAGUCGGUCAAGUUUGUAUACGUCCCAGUUGGCGUCGGAGCGGCUGAGAAACGACAAAUUGCCUGAUCCAUCUGACAUUCUGACAAGCAAGCAAUCAAACGUCGCGACACAAUCCGACUAUGGUGACUUUCCUAGCUUCACCUCCUUGGAUGAACCGGCUAAGACUGCUACCUUACUCAACUGUACAUCGCCCCAUGCCCGAGAAGACGACAUGGAUGACUCUCCUGUCACACAGCGUGCCUCUUCAGCAGAUCGUUCAACAAAUAUGGAGGCGGUACCAGCUCCGCAACCUGCCGUUUUACCUUCGAAGGCAGAGAUGACCUCGGAGGAAUAUAACGCUCAACUUCUAGCCGACCCCCGUAUGAGAAACUCAAGCGUCGUAAACCCGGAAUUUCUCCAGCAGUAUUACAGAGAAUCGCGACUGCACCAUCUCUCAACUUGGAAGGCUGAACUGAAAGCACAGCUCCAAUCAAAGGCGCAAGAAAAAUCACGUUUUCAACGGCCUAAAAAGCUCAUUUCUGGCGCUAGGAGAUACAUCAUGCAUGUUGAUUUCGAUUGUUUCUUUGCCGCGGUUUCCACGUUAAAGCACCCAGAGCUGGAAGGCAAACCGGUUGCCAUUGCACACGGGACUGGUACGGGAUCUGAAAUAGCGAGUUGUAACUAUACUGCCCGUGCGUCUGGUGUGAAGAAUGGCAUGUGGAUGAAGGGUGCAUUACAGUCGUGCCCAGAUUUACACGUACUGCCCUAUGACUUUCCUGCAUAUGAGGAGGCUAGCCGGAAGUUCUACCGUGCCAUACUCGCAAUUGACGGUUUGAUUCAAAGUGUUAGCAUUGAUGAAGCGCUUGUCGAUAUCACGACUACAUGUCUUGAGGCGGGUGGGUCGGAGGGCAAGGGUGUAUCCGAAGGUUCAAUCUACAGGGAGCAAGCCAAAGCCGACGAAAUCGCGGAUCAGUUACGGGCCUCUGUGAAAAGAGAAACGGGCUGUGCAGUUUCUAUCGGUAUAGGGGGUAAUAUUCUGCAGGCAAAAGUUGCCCUACGAAAGGCAAAACCAGCCGGCCAGUUUCAGCUAAAACCUGAUGCUGUUCUCGACUUCAUUGGCGAGCUUCCGGUACAAAAUCUUCCAGGUGUGGGCUACAGUCUCAGUACGAAAUUGGAAGACCUUGGCGUGAAAAUUGUCAAGGAUAUCAGAGAUCUCUCGCGGGAAAAGCUAUCCUCUAGUUUGGGACCCAAGACCGGAGCAAAACUUUGGGAUUAUGCUCGUGGCAUUGAUCGGACCGAAGUUGGAAACGAAGUUGCACGGAAGUCGGUCUCCGCGGAAGUCAACUGGGGUAUUCGCUUUGUCACUCAGGAUCAAGCAGAAGACUUCAUGCGAUCUCUGUGUGAGGAGCUGCACCGGAGACUUGUUGAGAAUCUAGUCAAGGGUAAGCAGCUCACUCUCAAGGUCAUGCGCAGGGCUCUUGAUGCUCCGCUGGAGCCAGUCAAGCAUCUCGGACAUGGAAAAUGCGAUGUCUUCAAUAAAAGUGUCAUCCUGGGGAUCGCUACGAACGCGGCUGAGGUUCUUGGGAAAGAGGCCGUUGCCAUGCUUCGGGGCUUGAGUAUUUCCCCUGGAGAUCUUAGAGGCUUGGGCGUUCAAAUGACCAAGCUCGAGCCGCUCAAAUCCACUUCUGAAAAACCAGACGGCAGUCAGCAGCAGCUGGCAUUUAAAGCAUCCCCUGCGCGUAAACGCACACACCCUAUUGAUGAUCCAGAUCUUUUGGAUAGUCCCCGCAAGGGCGAGGCCGAGUCCAUACGACACGGUCCGCUGCUAAACGACCCUACGCAGAAACCUCUCAACAUUUCAGGAACCCAGUUCAUCAUGCCAUCUCAACCGGACCCAGCAGUUGUUGCAGAGCUGCCGGGUGAUAUUCGAUCCAAGCUCGUCGCGCAAGGCAAACCGCGGACCGUGUCUCGCGCCGGGUCUCCAUUUGGUCCAGGAUCAGUUCUUCGCCAGCGACCUGUACCGGCUUUGCCUCCGCAGUCCCAGUUGGAUCCGGACACCCUAGCCGCGCUUCCGGAAGACGUCCUCGCUGAGGUUCUGGGAUAUUAUGACCAGUCAUCCGGCGAUGCCGCCGCCACAACCGAAGCUCAGACAGUACCACCGCCCCAAUCCAGACCCUCCUCAUCCUCAUCAUCCGGCCCAUCUCUCAAAUUACGCAAACCAACAACGCCACCGAAGAAACGCCGUGGUCGCCCUCCCCUUAAACCACCCCAACCCUCAACCCUAACUCAAGCCAAGUUCGCCUUCCCAAGACCAGAACCGCGUCCCCGCCGCCUAUCCCCUACACGAAAUCAUGGCCUGACCCCAGAUCCCGAGAUAUCCGCCGACUUUCUAGCUGCUCUUCCCGAAGACAUCCGCCGCGAAGUCCUCGAAGAGCAGAAACACAAGCGGUCCCGACUCCACCACAGCACCAUGUCUGCAGCCGCACCCAGAACGGUACCAUCAGACCGAGGCCAUCACCAGCAUCACGAGAAACACAUACGCCUUCCGCCUCUUCCGCCAAGACCAACGUUCACCUCCAAACACCUCUCUAAUCCCUCAGACCUCCGCGAUGAAGCGACUGCCUGGCACGCUGCGUUUGCGCAAGAAGGACCAUUUCGCGAUGAUGUUACUGCUCUUGCAGUCUAUUUGAAGCGUGUCGUGGUUGAUGAGCGAGAUGUCGAGAAAGCGGUUUCGUUGGUAAAGUGGCUUACGUGGUUGGUUGAGGACGAGAGGGAAGGUUAUGAUGGUGAUGGAUGCUUAAUGAGCGCAAGUCCGUCAAUGGGCAUGAGUAUGGGUCCUCACGCUGGUGAGCCAGGUUCUCAGGGUGCGAUAUCAUGGGAUGAAGCAUUGACGUGUCUACGGGAUGGGGUUCUAGAGGGUUUGGAGGAGAGAGGGAUGCCUGCUGUGGAUUUCUCUUGA